GCUCUGUCAGACACGUCCUAGACACUCUGCGUUUUCCUUUUCAUAACCCAUCAGAGGGAAAGUUGUGGAAGCACCAGUAUACACCUUCGCAGUUGGGCUGUCACAAUUCCCUCGCCGCAAUACUUUUCAUUAAACCUCUUGCAAAGCAACAGCAACAAACAAACUGUUGUCUUGCUUUUGUUUUUCUGGGAAUCGUGGCUGCGGUCUAGCCUGCGCGUACAACCCAACUUCACGUCCUCGCCUGUACACAUCGUUGUGCUGUUCGCUAUUUUCCUCUGGCCUCAAGCCCAUUCAGCAAUUUAUAUUUAACUUUGUACAUCAUGUGGCUUCUUCGAAGGCAUCCUAAAAGCUUCUCGACCCUUGCAAUGGCACAGGAAACGGUGUGUUCCUCUCGACGCGAUGCCGGAAGGGUACUUCUGCAGAUUCCACCAUCUCAUGUUCGUAGCUCCAUUGGCGCAGUGCGGUGUCUGCGAAAUACCUCACGCACUUCUAUUAGUGGACCAGGAACUGAGCGUGCGUUGGGUGGCAGCUGUCUAUGUCUUCACACCACGACGUGCAGCCGCGCAUUGAGUUCUCCACCAAACCGAGCGUCGUCUUCGGUAGCCUCCACGGCCGCGGGCGAUCUGCUGUCACGGUGGAGUCGUCGGACACCGACCUCGGCUUCGACGGCUGAGACGCCUCUGGUCUCAGAAGACGCCACGGAGGCAUCAAUGGCGAAACCGACGGAACCAAAGCAAGAGGAUCCGCUUGCAGAUCGCCUCAGCGUGGAGGAGCUUCUGUUGUUUGACGAGGGCGACGCUGCAGAGAGGUCCGUAUCCUCGCAAACCGCAAAGCAACAGAUUCGUAGCACGAGUGCGUCGACGGAGGAACACGUGCGAGGCACUGCUCCCGCAUCUCCAAAGAAUCACAGUACCGUGCGCAGUGCAUUGCCUGAAGGCUCCUCCGUUUCUGCUGCUUCUGCUGCUGCCGCUUCGUUCACUUUGCGCAGUGAGGAGGUCAACGAAACUGAUGAUGAGGCGGACGUGUACGGUAUCGCCGGCUCAGCUGCGUCCGUGGAGCGUCACCUCAUGGAAGACUUGCUCCAGCAAGCCUCGUUCAACUCGACGAAUGAGGCGGAGAACGACGUGGAAGACAACGAGGAGGGCGGGGAAGCUGCGGAGACUGGCAACGACGAGGCGUUGCAGAACAUUUUUAUCCACCAUACAAACUCCUCUUACCGUAGAGGAUCUGAACCAGCUUCGCCGCACACGACGUCUUCCGUCAAUGGAAGUGACGCGGCGCCGUCCUCAAACCCCGCAGUCUCUGCUGAACAUACAAAUCAGAAGGAUGGAGCAGCAAUCGAGGACAGCGAAGGCUCUGCUCCAUUUGUGACCGCUCAUGUAUCGGAAGCCGUUGACGUCAGCCCAAGUGGGACGGAUGCAGCGGAGGACGCUGUGCAGCUCGCAGAGGAGAGCAACGAAGAAGACGAGUCAAUGGAUACCGUGCUGGAGGAGGAGACGGAUCGCAUGUUGCAGGCGGCGCUGACCAACAUGAUGAAGGAAAGCGCCGCCAACGCAGCUGUGACUCCCACUGCCAGCCGCCCGCAGAUGAGCGGAUCAGGCGGCUACGUUUUCUUCUCCAAGGAGGCGGUGAUGGCAGCAGAGGAGUUGCUGGCGGCGUCAGAGCAGUCCGCAGCAGAUGCAGCCCGCACCAGCGGCUCUCAGCGAAUGGGCCCCGCUGCUGCCGCUGCUGCUGCUGCUGCUGAGACGAACGGUGUCGAGGCUGACUUUGACGAUGACGCCGUUCGUGCGGCGGAGAUGGAGAGCUUAGGCCUUAACAUGGAGACGUCGAAGCGUUGA